GCCCCGCCCUACGGCCACUGUUAUGCGGGAAUCCCGGGCGCAGGGUGCAGAGCGCGGCCGUUUCCUGCCCUGAUGCAUGGUGGUCGGACGGAGGAAUUGUUGGAAAAUUGUGUCGGAGGUACAACCAUGCUGUUAGCUCAGUUAAACCGCGACUCGCAGGGAAUGGCAGAGUUCACCGGAGGAGGCGGUGAGGGCCAGCACGUCACCCUGUGUCUGGCCGAGGCUGUGACAGAUGGAGAAAGCAUGGACACCAUGGAAGGAGUCAGUCUACAAGCAGUCACAUUAGCGGACGGAUCAACAGCAUACAUACAGCAUAGUGCGAAAGAUGACAAAUUGAUGGAAGGACAGGUCAUCCAGCUGGAGGACGGCUCAGCCGCCUAUGUUCAUCACGUCACUAAAAGCGAUGGUCUUCGUCUGGAGGAUGGGCAGGCUGUGCAGCUAGAAGACGGGACCACCGCUUUCAUCCAUCACUCUACCAAAGACUCCUAUGACCAGAGCUCCGUCCAGGCCGUGCAGCUCGAGGACGGCACAACGGCCUAUAUCCACCACGCGGUGCAGGUUCCGCAGCCCGACACCAUCUUGGCUAUCCAGGCAGAUGGCACGGUGGCCGGGCUGCACACGGGAGAAGCCACCAUCGACCCAGACACGAUCAGCGCUUUAGAACAGUACGCCGCCAAGGUGUCCAUUGAAGGUGGAGAGGGCGUGGGCGGCGGCACGUUAAUCACCGAGACUGAGACGGAGAAGAAGAUGCAGGUUUGUUAUAAUCAUUUUAUGCUUUGCUGCCAAAAAGAUUUAUAUUUCUGUUCCUCAG